GCCGCAUGUGUGUUGGAUGCUGUUCAUCCAAGGGAUUUUCUAACAAAAAUCACUCGGAAUUUAAAAAUUUUCCUCCCAAAGAUUGAAUAUCACACUUUUCUCUCGUGAAAAGCACGUAAACUGCCAGUGUGCGUCGAAUACACGUUACGUUCGGAAAAGCAAACUCACGUCGAUUAGCUAGUAUGAGUCCGUUGAAAAUUGGCACCCACAAUGGAACCUUCCACUGCGACGAGGUACUUGCCUGCUACAUGCUCAAGCUUUUGCCCCAAUACCAGGACGCUUCGAUUGUUCGAACUCGAGAUCAAAGUAUUCUUGACAGCUGUGAUAUCGUGGUGGACGUGGGUGGAAAGUACGAUCCCAGUACUCAUCGCUAUGACCACCACAUGAGAACUUUUAACGAGUCCAUAAGCACUGUGAUAAGAAAGCCAGAAUAUACAACAACCAUUAAAUUAAGUAGUGCUGGUUUAGUUUAUUGCCACUUUGGGCACCAAAUAAUCAAGCAUUUAGUUCCUGAAUUGAACGAAGACGAUUUAGAAAGGAUAUUCAAAAAGAUUUACAAUACUUUCAUCGUAGAAAUCGAUGGCAUUGACAACGGAGUACCAAUGUUUGAUGGUGAACCCCUGUAUCGAAUAUGUACGGACCUAUGCUCGAGAGUUGGAAGACUCAAUAUUCAAUGGAAUACACCACAUUUAAAAGAAGACGAACAAUUCAGUAAAGCAAUGGCCAUGGUUGGAGAAGAAUUUACGUAUUUUGUUGAAAAUUCUGUACGCUCAUGGCUGCCAGCUAGAACAAUUAUCCAAGAGUCUAUAAACAAACGAUUUGAGGUUGAUCCCAGUGGUGAAAUCAUUGAAAUGUCUCAGUCAGUUCCAUGGAAAGAACAUCUUUUUAGCAUUGAAAACGAAUCGAAUAUAGAUCCUGCUAUUAAGUAUGUAAUUUUUAAAGAUAACAGUUAUAGGGUUCAAGGUGUACCUCAGCAGUAUGGCAGUUUUGUGUGCAGAAUAUUCUUACCAGAACAAUGGGCUGGAUUGCGAGAUGAAGAAUUGAGUGACGUAGCAAAAAUUAAAGACUGUGUGUUCGUUCACAGUGGUCGUUUCAUUGGAGGAAAUAAAACACGUGAAGGAGCUUUGGAAAUGGCUCGUCAAGCACUAAAAAUUGAAAAGUCAAUGAAUAAGUAAUCAGUUCCAACCCAAACCUUGUUAAAAUACAAAAAUGUACAAAAGCAUGGAUGAUAAAAAUUUUUGUAAAAUUCAUCGAAAUAAUA